AUGUUUGUAUGGCCUGAACAAAUAGCAAGCAAAUUUGUGGCAGCACAUUCGGAUUCUACAGAUGAUUUCGUAGAUCGUCUGAAUUAUGUGUAUACAGUGGGCCUUCUCAUAUUUAUGGCAACACUUACAGGCGCAAAGCAACAUUUCGGUACUGCAAUUCAAUGUAUGGUACCUACACACUUUCCAGAUACGUGGGUUGGUUAUGUACAAGAUUAUUGUUUUGUAAGCAACACAUAUAUGGUAAAUGCAAGCAGAAUUAUCGUGAAAGGUGAAGCGACAAAUGUUUAUAAAGAAGAAAUUGUCUAUUAUCAGUGGGUGCCCUAUGUAUUAUUGCUUCAGGCUUUGCUUUGCUAUUUACCAAAAUUUCUAUGGAACAUUAUUAUAGUAACGCGUGAUUUGGAUAUGCGUUCUGUUGUGGAAGAAGCAAUGAAAUUACCGUCUAUUAUGACAUUGUCAGUUCGUCAGAAGCAUCUCAGGAGAGUCGCUAACUUUGCUGUUGGGUAUAUCAAGUAUAGGCAGAAGAGGCGAACUGUUCAGUGCUGUUCUACAUAUCACUUUUAUCUGCUCAUGAAGUGGUUCUAUUUUGGCAAUUCCUUAUGUCAAGUCUUACUAAUAAAUAACUUCGUAGGUGAUGGUUGUUUGCUGUGGGGCUACCGUUUUAUGGAGGAAAUCCUUAAAGGUAACGACUGGAAGACAUCGGGUAUAUUUCCACGGGUAACAUUCUGCGAUGUUAAAAUUGCUCAAAUCGGCCAAGUGAAUACUCAUACGAUGCAGUGUGUCCUGAUGAUUAAUGUACUGAAUGAAAAAUUAUACGUGGCACUUUGGUUCUGGCUUUCACUUCUGUUACUGAUUGAUGCAAUGAGUGCAACAAAUUCCAUGCUACUUUUGUUUUGUCCUUAUCUACGUUAUACACGUGUAUUAUCUCUGUUACAGGCCAAUGGUAACUACAUUGAUGAGAAAGUUAAACGCUUUUUACUAAACUUUGCUGAAAAUGAUCUCCGCCUCGAUGGGAUAUUGUUGUUAUCAUUUAUAAAAAACCGUGUGAAUGGACUGAUUGCAAAUGAUCUCACACGUGAAAUUUGGUUCAUUGUGGACAGAUAUAACAGGGAUCCCUGUGUUCGAGAUGAAACAUGCGAUGAUCAAGACUUGGUCGGCGGUGCGCCUUCUUGCACGAAGUUACAGUCUGGAGGUAUUAAUGCUUUUGGUCCAGUUAUGCGAAAAAAUGCAUGA